AAUAGAUAAAGCGCCGGGAACAAGUUUUGCGUUACUCGAGUGUUUUUGUCAUCGUCCUGUAUGUUAUACAUGUGUUUAUCCAUUUUCGUGUGCAAUUUUCACCUUGCUGUCCCUUAUUUAUCUCAAAGUUUACGAUAUACAGUAGUAUCGCGUUGACAUAUGAAUCCACAAUAAAUGAAUUUUCAUCACUGGACCAGUAUUUCGCUCAAGUUGCUUUCACUAAUGAUUAUGAUGAAGUAAAGUUGUUGUAUCUGCUAGGCCAAACAGUUUUUUCUUUCGAGCGUUUUAUAGCUGUAUAUCUGGUUAAUAAGUCUUCUGAUCGCAAUCAUGUCCAUUGGAUGCAGUGUGUUAAUUAUUUUAAUAGUGAACGAUUCCUGCUUAGGUAAAAUAAAGUACUUGUAUACCUAUGUGGAAUUUAAAACUCUCAUUAGGGCUCAGAUUGUUGCAACGGUCAUGAGACCGUAUUUGAAUUUUACGGUGAAUUCCUUAACGUCAACUAAACCAUUUGAAGUUAAUAUUGCAAAUCUCGAACAGUUGGUUCAUCAAAAAGAUAAUUUAUCAGUUGGGUGCCACAUAUAUUCUCAAGUUGCAAACCGCAUAUUCUGUAUAGUGAACCAAAUAUCGAAAAUCCGAACCGGAGUAGAUUUCUAACUUUUAAUCGAACAGACUAAGUCCUAAAUUUCAGCAUCCUAAUUUUAUAAUUGGUUCACGUUUUCGGUUUUCUUAUGGACGGUAAUGAAGAACCAGUGAGUUGUGUGGGUAACUUGUGUUUUUUGGUUAGUAUUGAGAGUUGUAUGUUUGUGUCAUAAUGUUUUAAGCGGUUUACUUUUAAAAUUUGCUUUUAGUUGCAUUGUCUUUCAAACAAUGGGUACUGCAAUAGAUGUCCUAGAUAUUCUCGAUCUGAAUGAAUCAAGUCCCAGAAAAUCUGUGCUUGAUAGAGAAGCUAUUCUGAGUCGUGCAGAGAAAAGGAAAAGUUCUCGCCCUAACCCACCACCAAAAAGACCCGAUCAUGUUCCUCGUGAAGUUUGGGGCUUACAUAGCACUCUGAACAAUAAUCUUCCUCCGAUUAUGCCAACUGAUAAUACACCUCUUUAUAAACAACCCAAAGCUGUGAUUGGUGUAGGGCGAGUUCGUUCUUGGCAAUGGACACCAUUUACGAAUUCCGCUAGACAAGAUAAUUUAGUCUUAUAUCAUUGGAGACGAGAAAGCACUGAUCCAGAGGCUAAUAAAGAUUAUUAUUUUGCACGAUACAAUAAGCAUGUCACUGUUCCUGAAUAUACUUCUGAAGAGUACGAAACAAUGCUAAAGGAUGUAAAAUGGAGUGAAGAGCGCACAGCACAUUUGAUGGAAUUGGCUAAACGUUUUGAUUUACGUUUUAUUCAUAUGAGAGAUCGAUGGGAUUGUGAAAAGUUCCCUGGACGUCCAUCUGUUGAAGAUCUCAAAGAAAGAUAUUAUGGAAUUCUAACACAAUUAGAUAAGGCUCGUGGAACAAAUCUUUCACAAGGUCUACGAUAUGAUGCAGCACAUGAACGUCGACGUAAACAACAAUUAAGUUUACUUUAUGGUCGUACAAAAGAUCAAGUUGAAGAAGAACAACGUUUAAUCAUGGAAUUGCGUAAAAUUGAAACUAGACGUAAAGAACGUGAACGUAAAAAACAAGAUUUACAAAAACUUAUCUCAUUGGCUGACAGUGUAACUCGGGAUUGUGAAUUAUCUGAGCAUACAGGUUAUGAGACGAAUACAGAUGAUACAAAUUCUUGGCUUACAUCUACACACUCAUCUGUUGGCGGUGGUUUAUCAUCUUCCAAUAAUUCACUGUUAACAUCAACAACACUAACAGGAAAUACUGGAUUACAACGUAAACGACCCAGUGGUGUCAGUGGUUUGAAUGCUAGUAAUAACAAUAUUGGCAAUAUUACGUCAUCAUCUAGUCAGUUAAUUGGAAAUACAAAUUCACUCAUCAAUACAGAUUCUAGUUGUACUAAUUUAGCAAGUCUAGGAGUAGCUGGUGGUGCUAAUACUGGAGCAUCGAUAUCCUCUGGAGAUAUUUGUGCUUCAUUAAAUUCUGCCUCGAAUACAGCUAAUACUGCACUAAAUACACAAUAUUCAAUAAACUUUUUGGAUGUUAGCAAAAAUCCUGGUGCUCAUCUACGUAGUCAAAAGAUGAAAUUACCCAGUAAUUUAGGACAGAAAAAGACAAGAAUCAUUGAAAACUUCUUAGGUCAUUUACAAAUCGAUCCUAAUCCACCGGCAACGGCAGAAAUUGUUGAAGCAUAUAAUGGUUUACGUUCAAAAAUUCUACUUUUAUUCGAUUUACGUCUAGCUCUAUUAAAUUGUGACUUGGAACUACACUCAGCUCGGCUACGACUAGAAACAUUUGCUCCUAAUAAACCAUUACCUUGUGGACUUGCUAGUCUUCCAAAUCCUAGUAUAUCAGAAUCACCUGAAGAUUCUUAUUAUAAUUUAAUUGAUCCAUUAAUUUUGUCAGCACUUCGUGUAGCCGAUUCAAAACGUCCAAUUCUACCGCGUCAUUCACUUGGAGUUGCUGGUACAUUGGCUGCGGCUGCUGGAAGUUUAGGUAUGCAUAAUAUGACUAGCGGAAGUAGUGGUAUUCCACCUAUGAAUACAACAAUGGAGAAAUCGGAUACAAAACAAUGUCGAUUGAACUCAUCGUCUAUUGUGAAUUCUUCAGAUAAUGGACAGUAUAAUUCUAGUGGAUUAACAACUACUCGAUCAUCUCCAGCGUUGUCAGGAGGUGGUGGAGGCACUGGAAAUCUAGACUCGGAUAAUUCAUCAUCAGCCGGAGAUGGUAUCGGCAGUUCACAACGUCGUAGAAGAGCAGCAGCUUUAGAACAAGGACGUGUUUUAAAGAAACUUAAAAUUAAAGGACAACUUGUUGAUUGAAACUGUUAUUUAUGGAAAAACAAACAAAUUCUUUGUUGUGUAUGUGUACAUAAAAAUAUUUAUUCGAUUGAUCUCAUUUGUCUUAUCGUUUCAAAAUGAAACAAUUUCAUAAUAAAUAUUUCUUCCUUU